AUGGCUAGUAAUAUCGCCGUAUUCUGCCGUGUCAAUCGUUUGUUUUAUGAACUAUCAGCUCCAGUUCUCUAUCGGGAGAUCAUCGUUUGCGGCAAUAGAAACUUUCUCCUCCAAAUUUUCCCCUUCCUUUCCCGCGUACAACGUCACUCGGUGCGCAUACUGGUAGCUGAGAAUGAUAUCCCAAUAACCCGACAACUCGAUGAGCUCCUCCGUGCACCGGCGAAUCGAAUGGUGAAUCCAGGAUGGGUGCAAAAGCUUAAAAUAUUCGGUGGCUAUAACAUAACACCAGAGGCAGCCGUAUUAUGGCCGCUUCUCAAUGAAGCUACACGAGAGAUGGUAAAUAUAGAGAAAGUUAUUUGGGAGCCGUCAGAUGGGAGCACUUAUUUAGCGAAUAUAAUCGGCGGACUCCCGAACCUCAUUCAUAUCGCCUGCUCCGCAAACGGCCCCAUGUGUGCCCCACAUUUGGAGUCAAGCUUUCAAGACGUUAGACUCAAAUCACUUACUGUGUACUGUGAUGGCACCGACGACGGCGAAACGGCAAAUGUUGGUGGCCAAAGGAAUCUCAUACGCCCAUCUGCUGGAAGCCUUGAAACCUUGCACCUGACGUUCCGUAGGGUUGGUGUUAUUAACGCCGAGGAACACAUCGUGAAAAUGCUUAGGGGUACUGUAUCGAUUGAUAUGCUGAAGCAUCUUCGCCUUGGCUUUUUCAAGUUGACCACUAUAAUAGCUCUAGCAAAGGUCGUAAGGUUUAGUGCCCUGGAGUCACUGCAACUGGUACAUGAAACUGUUUGCCCUGGUCUUCCAGCUGGCCUACUAAGAACUGGCCGCCUUUCAACUCUGACAACUCUGAGUGCUACCCUGUGCCCGAGUCAAGUGCUAGAGAUUAUAAAUGCAUGUGAUAGAUUGAGAAAAUUGUACGUAUUAUAUCACAGAGAGAUCGACCCGAAUGCGGACGUGAUCAAUGCGGUAGAUAUUGUCGAGGUAGUAGGAAAGCAUGGAGAUACGUUGAAGGUAUUGUGUCUAUGCGAGGGCUAUAGAAAUAGGGCAUCGGCACUGACUAUGCACUGUCGCGAUAUUGUGAAACUCACUCAAGUGUGUCCAGAAUUAGAGGAGCUUAGAAUUGGUGUGAGAAUGGAAGAAUACACCAACACACCCUCAAAGUUUCGUGAGCUCCAACACCUCAAACAUCUUUACGUGGAGCUAUUUGGAAUCGAUAAUCGGAACUGGUUUUCAGAGCCUGGUUAUGCGGAUGACAUCACCCCUCUUUGCCCUUCAUGGUUAAUACAAACCGAAACGGUCGACGGGGAUCCUGAAGAGGAAUCUGAGGGGUCAAGAUCUCAGAUCACUCACUUGGAGAUUGGCAUGUGCUUAAUGCUCAUUUCCUUCAAGGCGCUUCCAUUGACAUUUUCCAUCGCGUCUUACGGAGUUUUAGCUAACAACCCGGACUUGCGUCUCUCGCAAACCUACCGAAUCACCAAAGGUGUCUCUCCUUGUAAUCCUCAAGAAAGUUUGGGCGACGGUGUUAUGUUUUGUGGUCACCGCGGAAAUAUGUGUGGUGUCCACUGGCGUGCUCCACAGGGUUUUCGGUAUGCGCUCAUGAACUAUGACGGGCAUCCUUUUCAGGCAGAGGUGUUGAAAAUCCCUGGAAACUACGAGCCUGGUACCGUGGGUAGUUGGGUUACGGCGUUUAAAGCUUCAUGUCUUCGCAAUAUUGAGUGCGAGAUACCAUUGUUCUAG